AUGGCUUUAGAAAAAGAUGAAGAAGAAGAAAUAGUUGUGAUGAACAUGGAGAAUUUUCAAGAGAUCCAUGAUGAGAAACAACAAAAGUUUAGAAGAAACGAUUCUCUUGAAAUUGAAUCUUGCACUACCUCUCAUGUUCAUCACUCUAAAGGGCCAUCAAUGGCUAUAAUAUUGCAACUGGCGUUUCAAAGUCUCGGAAUAGUUUAUGGAGACAUCGGAACUUCCCCGUUGUACGUGUUUUCAAGCGUCUUCCCGAACGGUAUAAAACACAACGAUGAUAUAUUAGGAGUCCUUUCCUUAAUAUUUUACACUCUCACUCUUAUUUCUCUUCUCAAGUACGUCUUUGUCGUCUUAAGAGCCACCGAUAACGGCGAUGGUGGAACGUUUGCUUUGUACUCUCUGAUAUGCCGUUACGCGAAAGUGGGACUAAUUCCGAAUCAACAACUAGAGGAUGCAGAGGUGUCUAAUUAUAAGCUGAAAUUGCCAAACAACCGUGAAAAGAGAGCAUCCAAGCUUAAAUCUAUCCUUGAGAAUAGUCACUUUAUGAAGAUCUUUCUGUUGUUUACUACUUUGCUUGGCACUUCCAUGGUAAUUGGUGAUGGUGUUCUCACACCUUGCAUAUCUGUUUUAUCAGCAGUGGGAGGGCUUAAGGAAGCUACUAGCAAAAUAACUGAGGAUUGUGCAUAUGCAGAUCAAAUUGUUUGGAUAUCCGUGGCAAUCUUAAUUGGUCUUUUCAUGGUUCAGAGAUUUGGAACUGAUAAAGUAGGUUACAGUUUUGCUCCCAUAAUCUGUAUAUGGUUCGCUCUCAUUGCUGGGAUUGGUAUGUACAAUUUCAUCAAGCAUGAUACAUCGGUUAUAAAAGCGUUGAAUCCGAAAUACAUAGUAGAUUAUUUCAUCAGGAAUAAAAAACAUGCUUGGAUUUCUCUCGGUGGCGUUGUCCUCUGUACAACAGGAACUGAAGCUUUAUUUGCAGAUGUUGGACAUUUCACAGUUAGGUCUAUACAGAUAAGUAUGUGUUGUGUUACUUAUCCUGCUCUUAUUUUGGCUUAUGCUGGACAAGCCUCGUUUCUUCGCAAAAACAACGGUCUUGUUAGUGCCACAUUCUAUAAGUCUAUACCAGCCUCUAUGUAUUGGCCAAUGUUUGUGGUUGCUGUUUUGGCAGCAAUAAUAGCUUCUCAAGCCAUGAUUUCAGGGACUUUUUCUAUAAUCCAACAAUCUCUAUCAUUGGGAUGUUUUCCUCGCGUGCGAAUCGUACAUACAUCAGCAAAGUAUGAAGGACAAGUUUAUAUCCCAGAAGUUAACUACAUCCUCAUGAUUGCUUGUAUUGCCAUCACUGUUGGCUUUAAAACCACAACCAAAAUUGGCAAUGCCUAUGGGAUAGCAGUGGUGUUUGUGAUGACACUAACAUCUGCAUUUCUCACACUAAUCAUGAUCGUGAUAUGGAAAACUCACAUUCUUUUGAUCAUUAGCUAUGUUCUCAUCAUUGGUUCGGUGGAACUUGUUUAUUUAAGCUCAGUUUUAUACAAGUUCGACCAAGGAGGGUAUCUUCCUCUUGCGUUUUCCGCAAUUCUAAUGUUCAUCAUGUUCGUUUGGAAUACCGUGUAUCGAAGAAAGUACUUUUACGAACUUGAUCACAAGAUUUCACCUGAAAAGUUCAGAGAAGUUGCUUGUGACACAAGUUUAUGUCGAUUUCCUAGUCUCGCAGUGUUUUACUCUGAGCUUGUUCAAGGUAUUCCACCAAUUUUCAAGCAUUAUGUUGCAAAUGUUCCUGCACUAAACUCUGUCCUUGUCUUUGUUUCCAUUAAAUCAUUGCCUAUUAGCAAAGUCGCAAUAGGAGAAAGGUUCCUUUUUCGUCGAGUACAACCUAAAGAAUUCAAUGUAUUCCGAUGUGUUGUUAGAUAUGGAUACACUGAUGUCCGCAAUGAGAAAGAGCCUUUUGAAAAGUUAAUGGUUGAGAGGUUGAAGGAGUUUAUUGUUAAGGAAUAUUAUUGGUCUCAGAAAAUGAUACAAGAUGGUGAGACAGACGAAAAUUUGAAUGUUGAUAAAUCACAAGAAAUUAGUGAUGAAGGAAGAGUUAAAGAGGCAAUUGAAAAAGAGAUUGAGACAAUUGAGAAAGCAUCUAGAGCUGGUGUUGUCCAUUUGAUUGGUGAAAAUGAGGUGAUUGCUAGUAAAGGAGCUGGUUUUGGAAAAAGACUUUUGAUUGAUUAUGCUUACAAUUUCUUGAAGAAAAAUUUGAGGCAGAGUGAAAAGUUAUUUGAUAUUCCUCACAAACGUAUGGUGAAAGUUGGAAUGACUUAUGAACUUUAA